AUGGGCUCUUCUUUCAUAAGUCGGCUUCCUCAGGCACUCGUCCUCAUUGCAAGUUUGAUCAAUGUGAUUACUGCACAGACUUCCAAUGAAGCAUUAUGGCCACUGCAAACAUACAAAAGCUCAUCAAUUCAAACUCCAUAUAUGAACGUCACGAAGAUGGGCCAAACAGAGCCAGGACACCUGUUCUUCACGCCGCACGAUAUAUUGCGAGAAACUGGCCACCCAACCAUUUACGCAGACGACGGCCAACUAGUAUGGCAAGGUGCCAGCGGAAACUAUUCUGGACUCCAGCCCCAAAUGCUAAACGGUGAACCAGUAAUCGCCUAUUGGAGCGGAUAUGCCGGUGAAGGAUUUGGAUUUGGUCACAUCAGUAUCUUGAACGGUUCAUACGACGAGAUCCACCGCGUCACACUGUCCUGCCAGGAGCAGAACUUUGUCACAGUGUACAACCCAAUGACUUUCAACUCGUGUAUUGAUAUUCAUGAAAGUCAGAUUACCGAGAAUGGCACAAUUCUCGUCACUGCUGUGAAUGUUACUCGGGCUGAUUUGAGCUCCAUUGGUGGAGAAAAGGAUGGCUGGAUUCAGGAUGGUCUUAUUUAUGAGAUUGAUAUUGCGACCAAUGAGAUUGUUUUCCGAUGGAGUGCACAUAAUCAUAUUGGCCAGGUCCCUUUAGCUGAUGUUCGUGCUCCACUUGAGGGCUCAGGGGGUUCCGGUGUUAAUUCGACUUAUCCUUACGGAUACCCUCAUUUGAACGCUAUCUACAAAUAUGGCGAUGAUUAUUUGGUGUCAUCGCGGUAUAUGUGUAGUGUGUUCUUCAUCGCACAGAACGGAACGGUUAUCUGGCAUUUACAUGGCCGAACCGGCGGUGACUUUAAUCUAGGUCUGGGCACAAGUUUCUGUUACCAGCAUGAUGUGCGGAUUCAGUCGCAAAGUCCCGAGCGUGUAACAUUGACCAUGCACAACAACGACAACACCGAAUUCACAGGCCACACAUCACUGACCACGGGCCUUGUACUGAACGUUGAGCUACAAGGCUCAAAAGAGGUUACACUCGUUGGUCGAACGUGGGAUGCUGCUGAACCGGUAUACGCCGAGUCCCAGGGCAGCUACCAGAGCCUUGGAAACGGACACGUCUUACAGGAUCAUGGUGCGACGCCUAAAAUCGAGGAGUAUGAUGAGAAUGGGACUAUUGUCAUGCGGGCUCGAUUUGGAUAUGACAAUACCAUGCAGACUUAUCGCACGUACCGCUACCCCUGGGUCGGACGUCCAUCUACGAAGCCUGAUGUUGUUGCGUGUCUGACGAAAGGUGGAAAGACAGCUGUUUAUGUGAGCUGGAAUGGAGCCACCGAUGUGGGUUCUUGGAAGGUCACUUCUGGAUCCAAGAUCAACCACACGGCUUUGCGGAAUGGCUUCGAGACUACUAUCUUAGUGGCUGGGCUAUCAGAUGGUGAUUCCGUAGCUGCGGAGGCUGUGGGUGGUGUGGGUGAUGGGACAAGGUCUCAGUCGGUCACUGUUGGCCAGGGCUGCUAA